AUGAAGAGAGAGAGAGAGAAGAAGAGUGUUACUCAGGAGCUGGCAGAGAAGAAGGGAAUUGAGAUCUUAUUCAGGUCUCAAAUGCACUCUAUAAUUCAGAAUAUUGAAAAGUCAGCUCUGCUCUCUGAGCAUGUCAAUCUGCUUAUCACUGAGAUGGAACCCGAGACAGCAGACCAGGAAAUACGGGAUUUUGAGACACAGAUUAACCUGACUGAGAGAGAGCAGCAGAAACCCUUCUCUGAGAAGAUAGUGAAGAAAGAUUUUGAGAUGAUUAUUAUCUCAGAUAAGAAGGAGAAGAAGAAGAAGAAGAAUGAGAAAUGA